AUGGGGGCCACGAGGGCAAGGCGAGCCGAGCUGGAUGCGGCCUGCGAGCUCUUCUUGCAGCGGCUGACGGGGCCAGGUGACUUCCUCUCCGGCGCCAGGCGGGCCGCGAUCGCGCGCGAGGCCGCUCGCGCCGCCGAGUGCCCCCCGGACGUCGGCUUCCGGCAGGGCGGCGGGCCGGAGCUCCUGCAGCGGGUGGAGGGCCUGGGCCUGGAGUGCACCGGUUCCGGCGCCCUGGGUUGCGUGGUGUACUGCGUGUCGAACCUCCAGGAGCUCCUGGACGCCGAGUGGUACGAGUCGGCCGCCCAGAAGCUCUCUGCGGAGCUGAGCGCCCUGGGCGAGUUCCACGGCGAGCACGACGAGCGGGUCGCCUGCCUCUCCGAGCUCGUGGCAGUGGUAGCUGGAGUCGUCGGUGUGCGGAAGUUCUACACCGCCAUCGGCGAGCGCAUGCCGCCGCUGCCUCCAGCAACAGAGGGGCAGCCGCUCUUCCGGUGCGUGUCCGAGUUCUGCUGCGGCGGGCUCGGGAGGACGAGCUACGCGUGGGGCUUCCAGGUAAUGAAGUCGCAGAUCGUGGCGACAGGGCUGGAGAAGGUCGGGCAAUCUCCGUCGGAAUGGGCGGCAUUCACGAAUCCCAUGAAUCCGUUCAGCAAGCUCACUCCCGCCCCCCUGAGCAUGUUGCACCAGCUGGCGUGGCAGGAGGCUAUGUACGUUCCUCUCGCCGAUGUCCGGAACAUGUCGGCCCCAGUGCCCUCUGGCCGCAGCCUGGGAAGAUCCGACGUGGAGCUGACGGCGGCGACGUAUGCCGGUGCGGUCCACUGUUCUUUCUGA